GUAUACUGCUGCUUUUCCAAGAAAUUAAAAUAAACUGUUAAAACAAUAUGGCAGCCGAUUCACAGGCUAUGCUUUUAGAUCCUGCCAUUCGUGAUUGGGUACUGCUACCCAUUCUAUUGGUAAUGGUGCUAGUGGGUGUUCUGAGACAUCAUAUUACUAUGCUCAUCACUGGUCAACCAAAGACACCACAGCUUAAGGCUAUUCGUGAAUCAAAAGCACUGUUACGUGGUUUGCGAUUAAGAACUAGCGGCAAUAUGAUCCCCCAGCACGCCUUUACUGCUCGUAAAAUGUAUUUAGCUGAAGCCUUUGAAAAAGGCAAAUACCUAAAAAAUCCCAUCAAUGAUGAGCAGAAGAAGAAGAACAGUGAUAUACCCAACAUGCCGCCCAACCCUAUGUCAGAUCCUGAUAUGAUGGAGGGGAUGAUGGAAGGGAUGAAAAAGCAAAUGAUGAAUAUGGUGCCUCAAAUGGUCAUCAUGGGUUGGAUCAACUUCUUUUUCCAAGGAUUUGUAGUGAUCAAACUUCCUUUUCCUUUAACUCCUCGAUUCAAACAAAUGUUGCAAAGUGGCGUAGAUACACGUGAUAUGGAUGUUACGUGGGUCUCUUCUUUGUCAUGGUAUUUCCUCAACUUGUUUGGUUUGGGUAGUGUUUUUUCAUUAAUUUUAGGUGAUAAUAAUGCUGCCGGCAUGGAUAUGACAGCUGUGAGUGCAAUGCCUGGUAUGAUGCCCGGGAUGGCUGGCAUGGGCGGUACACCUGGUCAACCGACCGACUUUAACAAACUCUUCUUAGCUGAAAAAGAGAAUAUUCAAAUUACUCCUCACACUUGGGAUUUAGACAGUAUAGAAGAAAGAUUAUUAAUCAAAUACGGAAAAACUGUUAAAUCGUCAAAAAAGGGUAGCAGUAUUGCAACAUCGAAUACCUCUCAAAAGGGCAAAAAUGAUGAAGCAGAUAGACAACAAAAGAAUAGCAAUAAGAAAGGUGGCUCACCUUCUUCAAGCGGGAAAAAGAAGGAAUUGAGUGUCCGUGACAAAAUUAGAGCUGCUCAAAAGCAGCAAGCAAAUAGACGACGAUGAACGAGAAUAACCUUGAACUGUAUAUGUUAUUAAUUCACUUUGUAAUUCAACUUAGUACAAUCAAAUGAAAGAUGAAUAAAUAAAUUGUUUCUUUUCUCUAUUUGACCACAC